AUGUUCGAUACUGAUGAAGAGAAUGGGAAUUAUGAAGAUUUUAUGAUCUCUGAUGAUGAAAGUUUGCAAAUGGAAUUUGAAAGUGAUGUAGAAGAGCAUGAAAAACAACAAGAAGGGGGUAGUCGUGAUAGUGUCACUCCUAAUGAAAACGAUGCAGCCAUAACAAAAAUGGUUUCUGAAGGCGAAAAAUUAAUGAAUAUCGGUAAAUGGGAUGAUGCAAGGCUUCAGUUUCUUAGGAUACUUAAUAUAAUAUAUCCAAACACCUCUGGUUUACCACCAUCAGAUAUCUUUCCAAUAUGGGUGAAAAUUAUGAAUUGCUGGACUAGAAUCCUUUAUUAUAAUAACUGCAAUAAUCUAUUGAAUCUAAAUGAUUUGUUUGGCCAAUGUAGUCAAUUUUGUGAUUACCUUUUGCAAGAAAACGAUAACAGUCAUAUAUGUUUAUCCCAAUUGCAAUAUUUAGUUGUUGAUUUUUUCCCUGAUUUGAGUAAUCGCUAUAUCUUUGAAAUAAAUGAAAUUGACGAUUGUGAGAACAGGCAAAUAUUAGAUAAGGUCAAUAUACAAUUAAAUCUCUAUAUAAUCUUUAAAACUUUGAGAACUAUUGACCAUCAAAUUGCCGACUUCCUUGAACUUCAAUCUAUCAUUUUAUCACAAUGGAAGAGAUUACUCUCUAUCCCAACUAUGGACCCCAGAAAUAAUAACGAUCUUCCUUCCUCUCUAUCAAUUGAUUAUGAUUCAUUCAAUACGAUAAUCACUAACCUAUUAAAUAUAUUUAAUAAGGACGACUGUUCUGCAAUCAUUGCUAAUAAAAGCCCAUUUGAACAAAGGAUACUUACCAAAAGAUUUGAAGUGACAUUUCAGAUUUUUAUCUUAUUAUAUCUGUUUAACAACAAUCGAAUUAUGAGACAUGAUACAGUAAUGAUAUUGAAACUGGAUCAAAUCUUGGAACUUUUCCAAGAGUGUAGCCGUGGUCUGUUGACUAUCUCACAGGAUUCUCGAUUAAUGUUCUUAUAUCAUUUCAGUUGUUCUAUCCAAUUGUUAAUAGACAUAUCGGUCGAUAUGAACCCAUAUAAGACUGUUUCUUCAUGUAGAGACCAUUUUUUAUCUAGUUUGCAACAUUUAGAGAUAUUAGGAUCAUAUAGUCAAUGGAUUGAAAACGGAUAUUGCCAAUACUUAUUAAGUGGGUUUAUCUUGACCAGUAUAUUUAUUAUAUUACAGGACAAGUAUUAUAACAACUCACAAUCGCGAGAAGAUAGAUUUUUGGACCCAUUUGAAUAUGAACAGAUUAAAAUUAUUCGUAAAAACUUACAAUAUAGACACAUUAUCAAAAUGUUACAACAAUUCUAUACAAAGCUAGUGAAAAUGACUAAUUUAGAGGAAACGUACUAUGAGAUCCAAGAAAUUUUAAGAAACUUGAAUAUCAACGAAGCUGUAAAUAAAUACGAGGCUCUGCUUGAAGAAAUGUUUAAUAUCGUUAUUAAAUUAAAACUGUUGUACAAGAUAGUGCCUUUGUAUGAAAGAAUUAGCAUUAUAGAUUUACAAAAGUUAUUAACGUAUGAUCCGAUAAAUCAUCAAUUGAAUAAAGAUGAUAUCAUUAAACUAUUGAUGAAAUUUAAAUUGUAUGAUGAGCCAGAGAGAGGAGAAGGAAGGAGAAGAAGAAGAAUAUCAUUUUCUAUCGAUUUCGUUGAAGAUCAUGUAUUAUUUGACGAUGAUUUAUCAUCCACUAGAAAUGUUUUCGUUGACAAUGAUGUAGAAACAUGUGAAAGAAACCGAGAUAUAGAAAUAUUUUUCAAGUCUAUUAAUGAGCCAGCCAAUGAUAAUGAUAUUAGUAAUAAUGUGGUUACAAAGAGAUAUAGUGGAAAAGAAGAUAAUAUAUCAUACAAUUUACAGGUAAAUUCUAAUGGGAAGACUCGAAAAGUGGAGGGCUUGGCACAAUUCCAAUUGCAAGCAGCGUUAUUGAUAUCUGAAUCACUUUCUACAAUGACUACGGCAGUAUCUUCCUCCUCUUCCUCCCCCACCUCAUCAUCUAAUAUGGUAUAA